AUGCUACGAGACCCAAAUGUUUCUGGUGGUAACCAUAUGUUGUCUAUUUGUAGAAGGUCCCUGGGGUAUAAAGAUGUUUGUAUGUUAUUAGAGCCUAUUUACAUUGGAAGUGUUGAUUUAUUAGAUGCUGUUAGAAUAAGAAAUGCUAGUGGUGUAUCAAGCGAGGAAGGUUUUUGUUACGAUAGAUCUCGAACGUCUGGAGGUCCUCGAGAUGAAACAAAUCCUGAUGUAGCUUAUAGGAUCUCAGAAGAAUCAGAUCUUAGUGUUCCUUUAAGAGAUGCAUUUGUAGAUGGAUUUCCUGAAGAUUUUUCUAUUAUUGCUACAAUACGUCCAGAUGAAGGUGUCCGAGGAAAAUUAUUUUCUAUUUUAAAAGAUGUUACUGGUGACGAAGUAUUGUCUUUCAGUACUGGCAAAAAACCUAAAUUUCAUUAUUCUGGGUCCAAUAGAAAACCAGGGCCUGGUAAAUCACCUGUAUUUGAUGUACCCUUUAAUGAUGGUUUUUGGCAUCGUGUAGCUAUUAGUGUAAAAGGAAAUUCAGUAACAUUGGUUCAUAAUUGUAUUCAGCAAGCAUCUGUCAACUUAGAAAGAUCGAUACCUGCAAAAUUUCCCAGAGAUGGUAUGAUCUUUGUUGGUGGAAAUGUUUUUUCUGAGGGAAAAAGCUUUACUGGUGAUGUUCAAGAUUUAUAUAUAAUACCUGAUCCAGGAGCAGCUUUUGAACAUUGUGAAUAUUACACUCCCGACUGUGAUUACCCUUUUUCUACCUUUGGUGCUGGUGGUUAUUAUGAGAAUGGUUAUGAAUCUGGCGGUGCAGGCGGAGCUGGUGGUGAGGGUGGUUUCUUUGUAAAUGGAAGUAGUGGUGGUUCUUGGGGUGCUGGUGGUGCUGGAGGUGCUGGAGGAGGUUUUGGUGCACGAGGUGGAGGUGCUGAAGGAGGUGGAUAUGGAGAAGGAGGUGGAUAUGGAGAAGGAGGUUCCUAUGGUGAAGGAGGUUCUUAUGGCGAAGGAGGUGCCUAUGGGGCUGGUGGAGCAGGAGGUGGUGGAGCUGAAGGUGCCUUUGGAGCUGGUGGUGGUGGUGGUAGUAGUUCCUAUGGAGCUGGUGGUGCUGGUGGUUCUUACGGAGCUGGUGGUGCUUAUGGUGGAGCAGGUGGUAGAAGGGAACAUUAUGAAUACAGUUCUGGAGAAUUAACAGACUUUGCAUAUAGAUUUGGUCCCCCAGGUCCACCCGGAGGUAGAGGUCCACCUGGACCCCCUGGUCCUAAAGGAGGAGUGGGUAUUCCUGGAAGAGAUGGUACUCAUGGUGCUAAUGGUUUACCUGGAGCACCUGGUCAUGUCUUUGUAAUUCCUUUAAAUAAUGACCAAAAAUCUGGUGCCAGCCAAGCUCAAGCUUUCCGUAAUAUGCUCAGUCAACAUAUGCUUGCUAUGAGAGGAGCACCAGGUGCUAUGGGUAUGACUGGUUUACCUGGUAGAGGUGGAGCUGCUGGUAUUGAUGGUGAAAAGGGUGAAAGUGGUAAUCCUGGUGAACAGGGUAUCAUUGGUCCAAUUGGUAUGCCUGGUAUGCCAGGACCUGCUGGAAAGAGGGGUAGAUCUGGUAUGGAUGGUGACAGAGGUCCAGUUGGUGAACCUGGUAGUAAGGGUUUACCUGGUUUCCCUGGUAUGCCUGGUUUACCUGGAGAGAAGGGUCAUAGAGGCCACCCUGGACAACCUGGUCCAUCAGGACCUCCUGGACAUGAUGGUGAACAGGGUGAUCCUGGAGAGCAAGGACCUAUGGGUGCCCCUGGUGAGAUGGGCUUGAGAGGUUUUAUGGGACCAAGAGGUCGAGUUGGUGCUGUUGGACCACCUGGAAUGCCUGGUUCUGAGGGAUCAGUUGGACCUAAAGGUAAUCAAGGUAAUGUUGGAGCACCUGGUGCCCCUGGACAAGCAGGAAACGCUGGACCACCUGGACCAUCUGGUGGAGUAGGACCUUUAGGACCACCUGGUAUUCCUGGAGCUCAAGGUAAACCUGGAUUACCUGGAAUGCCUGGACCAGUUGGACCCAUUGGUAUGUCUGGUAAUCCUGGAGAAGCUGGUGCCAAGGGAGACACAGGACCUAGAGGUAUAAAUGGUAUUGUUGGCUAUCCUGGAUCUAGAGGUGUCAAGGGUGAUUCUGGACCUCGAGGACCAUUAGGUGAUAAAGGUGGCAAGGGUAAUCCUGGAUUAGAUGGUGAUCGUGGUGAUGUUGGAUCUAAAGGUGAUAAGGGUCCUAAAGGUGUCAGAGGUUUACCUGGUAUUGAAGGUAUUGAAGGAGCUAAGGGAGAUUAUGGACCUCCUGGUGAAGUUGGUUUACCUGGAGCUCCUGGUGAAAAGGGUCGUAUUGGUAUACCUGGUUUCCCUGGCUAUCCUGGGCCUGUUGGUGAAAAGGGUGAAAGAGGAAGAAAUGGCAGACGUGGUAGAAGAGGUGCCCGUGGUAAAUCAGGUUUAGUUGGUCCCAUGGGUGAACGAGGUGAACUUGGACCUAGAGGCCAGAGAGGUGACAGAGGUAAACAAGGUAUACCUGGUCCCCCUGGUGUUAAGGGUGAUAUUGGUAAUCCUGGUCCACCUGGAUUUGCUGGUGAAGCUGGUAUUCAAGGUCCUCCUGGACCACAAGGUGUUUCUGGGCCUGUUGGUGCUGCUGGUUUACCUGGUAAAGAUGGACUCCCUGGUAACCCUGGAGAUAGAGGAGAGGCUGGUAUACCUGGUAACCCUGGCCCUGGUGGACCUGUUGGUGUAAUGGGACCCCCAGGACCAUCUGGUGAACCUGGUCCAUCUGGUGAUAGAGGAGCACCUGGAAUGCCUGGUAUUCCUGGUGAAAUGGGUCUUCCUGGUACAGAAGGUAAACAAGGAGAAACUGGUCCUGCUGGUCCGAUGGGUGUACCUGGUCCACCUGGAGGUAGAGGUGGUAUUGGUAAUCCUGGUGAUCGUGGUUAUCCUGGUCCACCUGGUAAAGAUGGUGAAAGAGGUGAUGCUGGAGGACCUGGACCUACUGGUCCACCUGGAGAGAAGGGAUCUCAAGGUGAACCUGGAAUAGCUGGUCCUCCUGGUAUAAUUGGAGGUCCUGGAUUACCUGGUCCACAAGGUAAAAGAGGAGCUAAAGGAGAUUCUGGUAGAGAAGGUGUUGCUGGAGAACCUGGUCCACCAGGACCACAAGGUCCAAGAGGUUAUCGAGGUACACGUGGUCCAACUGGUUCACCUGGUUUAGAUGGUGAUAAGGGAGAUGCUGGUCCACCAGGAGAAAGAGGUUUCAAGGGAGAUCAUGGAGCUAUGGGUCCACCUGGAUCACAAGGUUCUCAAGGUUUACAAGGUCCACCAGGAGCUAUGGGACCACCCGGCUCUCCAGGACCUAGAGGUGUGCAAGGAGUACCCGGAUCAAAGGGUUCAGAAGGUCCUCGUGGCCUUCCUGGACCUACUGGUUUACCUGGUCUACAAGGUAUGCCAGGACCACCAGGUCCUAAAGGUGAACAUGGUGACCCAGGAAGAAAAGGACCACAAGGUGCAACUGGUCCAACUGGUAACCCUGGCCCUGCUGGAAGUCCUGGUAGUCAAGGUGUACCUGGUACAACAGGACCAGAAGGACCUAUGGGUGGAAAGGGUGAUAGAGGUGAUCCUGGACCACCUGGUAUUCCUGGUACUGAUGGAGAACAGGGAACUCCUGGAGGUCCUGGACCUAAAGGUGAUGAUGGUCGACAAGGUAAACAAGGUGAACCAGGACCUAGAGGUCCUCGUGGAGGUGAAGGUGAUAAAGGUCAUGCUGGUGCUAUGGGACCACCUGGACCCGCUGGAGAACCAGGAGAGACUGGACUUAAGGGAGAACCUGGUAUUCCUGGUGAAGAUGGUGAUACUGGUUUAUUAGGUCCAAUG